UACACGAGCUUGUUAGAAGUUUGAUUUGAUAGACUCUCAUAUCAUAGCAUUGCCAGCGCCAUUGAAGACGGUCAGACCCUCUGGAACUUGAAACACCCUCAGCCCUUACAGCCCUCACCAGCUACAGAUUAAAGAUGGGUUCAGGUCGUUUUUCUCUUAUUCUCCAUAACAUCUACUCGACUCUUUUUCGACCACAUAUGCCUUAUCCAAACGACAUUUUUGGCAUAUUCCAGGAGGGCGUCAUCGGGCCUAUGGGACCUGAGUCAUGGGAGCGGCAGCUUUGCUUAGACGAUAGGUCCACAAAUUGUUAUAUCGACCACAUCGUGUUUUGUAAAUGCAAAGACGACAAGAAACACGAAUUCUUGUUGAUUUCCGUUCGCUACCCGGACCCAAACAUCACGAACAAGGCACUUGUGGUCGUCGACCGUUCACCCUCCGCUCCGUCACCCAACUCGUCUGUUCAUACCCCUCUAGGCUCUGCCAUUGUGUCACCGUCAGUCUCCGAUACUCCUGCCCAUGAUCGUAUUGUCAUCACCAAAGAAGACGAUAAAACGGAGUUGACUAAACCGUAUAAACCAUACAGGGAGCUCUGUACCCUUACAUUCUCCGAGUCUUGUCCCUCCAAUAUCACCGGAAAUUAUUUAUCGCCUUCUGUUCGGCAGCUAUGCAUCCUGUUGAAAGUCAUCAACAAACACGCCCCGCUCUACAAUCUUUAUGAGCACCAGUGCUACUGGUUUGCGAAUACCGUGUUUGACACGUUGAAGAAACUAUUUCCAAAUGCAGAGGAGAAGUGUAGUUCACACGACAUGCGCGCCAACUAUCACGGGUUGAAAUUCGACCAUCGUAACAGUAUAGAGACGAUAACUGAAGAAUAUAACAGGUCAUGGCGCGAGGCGUGUGACAGGGUGAGGGAGGAACAGAGAAAACGAGAAGAAAGUCGACGUAAAUUGAUUCAAACUGGGAGAGACGAAGGUAAUGCGGAACGAGAGCAACUCAAGGCUGAAAUGGAACACCAGAAGGCUGACAGUGCCCAACGCGAGGCUGAAAGUGCCCGACGCGAGGCUGAAAGUGUCCGACGUGAGGCUGAAAGUGCCCGACGCGAGGCUGAAAAACAGGCUGAAUUGGACCAACUCAAAGCGAGAAUGCGUGAAGACGAAAACCGUCAGUCUGACAAUGCGGCCUUCGCAGCUUGAAGAAGGGAUGCCAAGUUUGUUCUCGUAGCCAGGAAGACAGCAAAGCUGUCAAACAUGUCAUAUUCUUCCCAUUAUUUAUUUUCAUGGAGCAGACAGAGCGGCGUCUAUUACCCGCCACCCCCAACAUGUCUGCAUAUUCUAGUACACUGUUUCAGCUGUAAGUACCGUGCCAGGCCUCUAGUGUAGCUAAAUCAUCAUGACGGUUCGAAAGUGGGUAGUUUGAUGGUGCCACUUAAAUUAGACUCCCAUGCUGCUAUGUUGUAACGAUCCCCAGAUAGUUGCCAAAUGAUUAUGGAGAAUGUCGCUGCGAAUGAUGAUGAAGAAGUCUAUAAGCAUG